ACACACAUGCACGCACACACACACAGACACACACCUAUACUUUACUGUUUUGCUUUCAUUGCUUUUUUCAUUCACUCCCUUGCUGCCAUUGUUAAACGAAACCUGCCACACUUUCCUGCGCCGAGGCAAUUGUAAGGUUAAACACCUGAAAUGAACUCUAAAGUACUGUGGGGGUGGGGGGGGGGGGGGGGUAUGGGAAAAGGUUUGGUCCUUCACAGACAUUGGACUUUCAAUUUCAUUUACCUUUAGCCUUCAAGAUUUGAAUGAAAAGAACAAAAAACAUUUUGUUAUAUAGCGCCUCUCUUGAAGUUGAAGAAAUUCAACCUAUCACCACAGUCGAUGAGGCAGUUCUACACCGCUAUCAUCCAGUCCACCCUGACCUCCUCCUUCACCGUGUGGUACGCUGGAGCCACCACCAGGGACAAGAAGAGGCUGCAGCGUGUUGUGCGCUCUGCAGAGAAGGUCAUUGGCUGCAAACUCCCCUCCAUUCAAGAUCUGUACACCUCUAGUCUAGGACAUUGAGGCGUGCAGGUCGGAUAAUAGCUGACUCGUCUCACCCUGGACACAGUCUCUUCGACUCGCUCCCAUCUGGCAGAAGGCUCAGAUCCAUUCGGACCAGAACCUCUCGCCACAAAAAUAGUUUCUUCCCCUCUGCAGUUGGACUUUUGAAUGAACAUCCUAGGGCAGCCCACUCAAGUUGAUUGGUCCCAGUCACGUGACCCAAUGCUGUGCUUGGACCAUUCAACAAACACUCAGAUAAAUACCUACACGGAGUAGAUAGCUGCUUCUCUAAUUCUUGCCACUUUUUACAUUAAUAAUUGUAUCAUGAGUGUUUUAUUAGUUCUUAUAUUUGCUUAUCUCUUAAUUAAUUUUUUUUUCAAUCUUACCUUCUGCACCUAAAUACUGCAGCAAUUUCCUAAUGUUGUGACUUGGCACACAUAUGGCAAUAAAAACUUCUGAUUCUGAUUCUGAUUCUGAUUCUCAAGGUAAGAAAUCAUGAGACGCUUGCCAAGAACAAAAUUAUUAUUUUUUUUUUUUACUGUAAAUCCUCUAAUAUUGGCCUUUAUUCCAUUACCGACCAGGGUUCUCAUUUAUCAGACAUUACUUAGGAUCCUUUCUAAAACCGUACUUAAGCUCAACAAAAAAAUGUACUUACACCAAGUAGGUUUGUGAUCUAUCAAACAUGGAGUACGCACAGCUGCACGCAAUCCCUGCUUCAUAAAUCAGAGACUAACGAGAAAGGUUCUCAGCUGCUUUUUAGUCACUUCCGCCCUCACCACGCCCACUUACUGCCAUAAAUAGUCAAUGCAAAGUGCUUUGUGGAUCUCAUCCAUAUACAUACAUUUUUGCAGCAUUUCGAUCACGACCGCAGAUCAAGGAAGCGCUAUUUCACAAGCAGAAAUUCAGGUACUUUUGGGUGAGGUGGACAAAUGAAAGGAGGUGCUUUUGCAAAACAAAUAAGAGAAAAUCCAUGGAGUGGCACAGCGUUGCUGAAGCCGUCAAUGCUGAGUUCUUCAGAGAGAUCUAUGGCGGAUAUAAAAAAAUGGUCCAAACGGGAUUCGAUCCCCAGACUCCCAGGUGAAAGUCACGCACGCCAACCAGUCACCCAAACGGAGAUCUCCCUUGUCCAAGUAGCCAGGGCACAUGAUCAAUCGGGUCACAGUGACAGGACACACACUGUCACAGACUCAUGAUAUUUUGGUUCAAUCUGUUCCCCUGCUGAUAUUCUGCAUUCCAUAUUCUGUUUUGCGUGGAAAGUUGCUUACGCAGUUUUCUGACCCCAUUUUGUGCGAAAGCAAGCUUGAUAAAUGAGGCCCCAGGUCUCCUGUAUUAGCUGGUCUCGCUGUCAGCGGGGGUAAAUGAAGGCCGGUUUCUAAUAGUGGACGGCUUUAAGGCUCAAACCUAACUGCCGGCACAAACCCAUCUGCAGUUUUGAUAACUUUAAAGUACUAUUUAUCUUAAAAUAUUUAAAAAAAUAGCAUACUUACCCACUGUUUAUGAAUUAAAGUCUCACAAAACACAAUGGUAAGUCUGAUCACGUAUAAACAAUAGCGUCACUUCCUGCUUCCUGUUCUCAAGUCUCGCGUGAUGUUGUGACUAUCGCACGACUUUCCAAGAAGCACUCAGCGGCAUGGCGCAGUGCCAUGUGUGCUGUGUGACCACUUGACUGAUAGUCACAAAAUCUUGUUUUUAAUUCAUUCAACUGGCAGUUUAUUUUGCCAGUUGAAUGAAUUGUUGUUUCUGGCGAUUGUUUCUUUGGCCUUUACUGUUUAACAAUAGGUCCGAACUUUGGUUUUUAACUCUUUAAAAAGUGAAGUACUUGGUUGAACACAAUUUAGUUCUCAUAUCUUUAGCCACAUUGUGUGAGCUAAAAAAAGCUACUAAACUAAAAGAAAAUACAGAAAUUUUUAAACAAAGUUCAUAAUAUGGCAUUUUGUUAAUAUUACCUUUUUAUUUAUAUUAUUUUAAAUCACUAAUACAUUUACUGUACUAUAGAUCUUGUUGCUCUAAAUUAACAAAAAUGCAAAUAAAAAUAAAACAAACUCCUAACAUUUUUCUCGGUUAGAAAGUUAAGGGGUUAAAUUUCAACGUGUGUUUUUGUUUUUAUGUAUAUUUUUUACAAUUUGUAAUAUUUUUCUCAUUUGCUUAAAAAUUUAGUAAAUUAAGAAGUAUUUUAUUUAAGUUAAAUUUACUCUAUUGUAUUAAAAAAAACUUGAAGUGAAAAAUAUUUUAUGUGAAGGUCACACAAGCGCAUUACAUCCCUUUCUAAUGCAUUAUCACAUUAUGACUAAUUAUAUUAUUCUGUGACUUCUGUGCUUCCAUUGCCGAGGAGGCCGACCGGAGCUGCGACCGCAGAGUUGUCGGUGUCUGUCAUGGUGGCAAUGCUCGAACCCGAUGGUGGACACCAACGGUUAGGGAUUUCGUCAAGCUGAAGAAAGAGUCUUAUAGGGUAUUUUUGGCCUGUGGGACUCCAGAGGCAGCUGAAAGGUUCCGGCAGGCCAAGCGGAAUGCGGCUCACGUGGUCACAGAGGCAAAAACUCAGGCAUGGGAGGAGUUUGGUGAGACCAUGGAGCAAGACUUCCGUACAGCUUUUAGGAGAUUCUGGUCCACCAUCCGGCACGUCAGAAGGGCAAAGCAGUGCACUACACACACUAUUAUAGUGGGGGCAGUGUGCUGCUGACCUCGACUCGGGACGUUGUGGAUCGGGGAGCAGAAUACUUCGAAGACUUCCUCAAUCCCACCAGCACGUCUUCCAGUGAGGAAGCACAGUCCAGGGACUUUGAUUUGGGCUUUCCAAUCUCUGGUGCUGAGAUCACUGAGGGGGUCAAACGCUCCUCUGUGGCAACGUCCCAGGGGUUGAUGAGAUCCGCCUAGAGUUCCUUAAGGCUUUGGAUAUUGUAGGGCUGUGUUGGCUUACACGGCUCUGCAAUAUUGCGUGUACAUCGGGGGCAGUUCCACUGGACUGGCAGAUCAGGGUGGUGGUCCCUCUAUUUAAAAAGGGGGGCUGCAGAGUGUGUUCCAACUACAGAGGAAUUACACUACUGAGCCUCCCUGGUUAAGUCUAUUCUGGGGUUCUGAAGAGGAGGGUCCAGCGGAUUGUCGAACCAUGUAUUCAGGAGGAGCAAUGUGGUUUUGGUCCUGGCCAUGGAACACUGGACCAGCUCUAUACCCUUAGGAGGGUCCUGGAGAGUGCAUGUGAGUUAGCCAAACCAAUCUACAUGUGUUUUGUGGAUUUGGAGAAGUCAUUGGGCCGCGACCCUCGGGGGACCCUCUGGGGGGUACUUCGGGAGUAUGGGGUACCAGGCCCUCUGAUACGGGCUGUUAGGUCCUUGUAUGUCCUAUGUCAGAGCUUGGUCUGCAUUGUGGGCAGUAAGUUGAGCUCAAUCCCAGUGAGAGUUGGACUAGGCCAAAGCUUCCCUUUCUGAGUGAUUCUGUUCUUAACUUUUAUGGACAGGAUUUCAAGGCGCAGCCAAGGUGUUGAGGGGAUCCAUUUUUGUGGCCCGAGGACAAGGUCUCUGCUUUUUGCAGAUGAUGCAGUCCUGUUGGCUUUAUCAGAACAUGAUUUCCGGCUUUCACUGGAGCGGUUUGCAGCUGAGUGUGAAGCAGCUUGGAUGUGAAACAGUUCCUCUAAUUUCGAGACCAUGGUCUUGAGUUGGAAAAGGGUAGAAGGCCUUCUCCGGGUCAAGAAGAAGGUCCUGCCCCAAGUGGAGGAGUUUAAGUAACUUAGGGUCUUGUUCACGAGUGAGGGAAAGAUGGAACGUGAGGUCGACAGGCAGAUUGGUGCUGUGUCUGCAGUGAUGCAGGCAUAGUACCUGUCGUGGUGAAGAGAGAGCCUGGCCAGAUGGCAAAGCUCUCGGUUUACCAGUCGAUCUACGUUCCUACCCUCACCUAUGUUCACAAGCUUUGGGUAGAGACCAAUUGAAUGAGAUUACGGGUACAAGCGGCCGAAAUAAGUUUUCCACGCAGGGUGGCUGGGCUUUCCCUUAGAGAUAGGGUGAUAAGCUUGGUCAUCCAUGAGGGGCUCGGAGUAACCCAGCUGCUCCUCCACAUCGAGAGGAGCCAAUUGAGGUGGCUCAGUCACCUGGUUAGGAUGCCUCCUGGACGCCUCCCUGGUGAGGUUUUCUGGGCAUGUCCAACCGGGAGAAGGCCUAAAGGAAGACCCAGGACACGCUGGAGAGACUAUGUCUCACAGCUGGUCAGGGAACGCCUUAGGAUUCCUCCAGAGGAGCUGGUCCAAGUGGCUGGAGAGAGGGAAGCCUGGGCAUCCCUGCUUUGGCUGCUGCCCCCGCAACCCGGCCCUGGAUAAGCGGCCGAAAAUGGAUGGAUGGAUGAACUAAUGAUGCUUGAUGGAAAAAGGCAAAAAAAAAAAAAAUAAUAAUAAUUUAAAAAAAACGUAUAAAACAUCUCAGCGCAGAAGAGGAUUAAAAUAUUUUGACACAAUUUCCUGUCUUUUUAUUUCAUGCAUUGUUUAGGGUGCAGAUAACACUUGUUUACAAUACCUUAUUGAAGUAGAAGAAGUUGGAAGUACAUUAGCUGAAAUAUAUCUACUGUCAGAAUAUGAGAGCAGGAAGGAGAGAGAGGCCCUAGCUGGCAGCAGUGCUGUCUUUUCACCCCUAAUUUUUUCCACCUUGUUAGACACUCAGCCGUGGGCCGGGCAAAUAUAAACACCCUGGCAGGAUAGACAGGGAUGGAGGCAGGGAAGGAAAGGAGAGGGAGUAAAAUGUGUGUAUCUGAGAUACAAAAGGCAAAAGGAUGCAAAUAAAGUUGUGGAGGAAAGGUUAGGAGAAGAAAGGAUAUUUAGAGUUUGAUAGAGAAAAAAACAAUAAUGGCAGUAAGAAGAUAAACAGCAGAUGAGUUUAUUUUAAUGUGAGUUCUCGGGUCCUGGCAUCUUGCAUUAAGUUCUUGGAAGUAGUUUGUCUCCCAAACACAAUAAGCUAACAUCACACCAUCCAUCCACUGUCUAUACCCACUUGUCCAUGCAGGGUUGUGGGGGGCUGGUGGCUCUGGGCAAACAGGUGGGGUACACCCUGGACAGGUUUCCAGUCCAUCACAGGUCAACACACAGGACUAACAACCAAGCCAACACACUCACAUCUAAGGACAAUUUAGAGAGGCCAAUCAACCUGACAGUAUUCACUUCACCUGAAUGUUUGAGGGUAAAUACUCACACAUUAUCUCUGUUUCAGGCAUCAAUUUAACUGGUUUUCUAAAAUUAAAAAGGCUCUGAAAAGAAAAUAGAAUGUUUUAUGAUUGCUUCUGUCAGUAACCUUGAAUUUAAAAAGGAAAACCAAAGCAAAACAAACAAAAAAUCCUCCUGUUUCACCGUUUCUGAACCUACAAAAUUCCCCAGGACUAAAACCCGUCACCUCCAUGUUUCUCUUGAACGGAAGAAAAAAAAAAUCAUGAAUGUGUCAUUAAUGAAUCAGCAAUGAUUACGCAAAGAAACAUGAAAAAGACAUUCAGUGCAAGCAUGACCGAUAACCGACAAACACAUUUCUGCUCAGUUUCUAGCUGUGAUGUUUAUGUUUAUAGGAAUAAACACAUUUUUCCUGGGCUGCAUUCAAGCAAACCAAAUUAGAAAUGUUAAUGACCCCCAUGCGUGUUAUUAAAGCUUUUACUUGUAACUGACUCUCCAGCGCUCUCACUCCCUUUAUCUUAUUCUUUUCUGUGCCACCCGUUGUUGCCCUCGGGUCGUGUGUUGGUUGUCUAGCAGACUCUGACAGUAUUGCCGUGGCGACAGAGACAGGAACAGAUGUGACUUUGGUUGCCGGGCGUUUGGCAGGAGCACUCAUCAUCACAGUGAUGUAAAUGCAGCUGGACGUCACAUCAUCUGAAGCUUUGUGAGGAGAUGGUUGUGUGUGUGUGUGUGUGUGUGUGUGUGUGUGUGUGUGUGUGUGUGUGUGUGUGUGUGUGUGUAUGUGUGUGUGUGUGUGUGUGUGUGUGUGUGUGUGCGCGCGUGUGUGUGUGUGCGUGCGUGCGUGUGUGUGUGUGUGUGUGUGUGUGUGUGUGUGUGUGUGUGUGUGUGUGUGUGCGUGCGUGUGUGUGUGUGAAUGCGCACGCACGCUGGUGGGUGAGGGGACUUUGCCCAAUGCCAACUCCUCUACCCCCUCACUUUCCCUAUGAUACACACACACACACACACACAUAGUGACCCCACACAGCCUAGAGGGACUGCAAGUGCACAGCCAGUAACCAGACAAGACGGGGGAUGAUGUGUGUGUGUGUGUGUGUGUGUGUGUGUGUGUGUGUGUGUGUGUGUGUGUGUGUGAACUCUAUCCAGGCAGCAAAAAGUGCUGUCAAACAUACAAGAUGUUUAUUUUUCCUGUUUCUAUAUUUUGUUUCUUGAGGUAUUUUCUUCUAUUUUGGUGUGUCUGUCUAGUAAGUUGGAGACAAAUGGUUGUUUGGGGGCUAAAUGUUUGAACUUGAGCAAGGAGAACCAAAUUGACACACUUAAAGAAAACUGAGUCCCGAGGAUAGCAGAGGGAGAGAUGGAGAGAGAUUACAGAUGGAGGCAUUACUCAAGACAUCUGUAAUGUGUACACACCAACAAAGAAAAUAAACAUAGGAAGUGGCCAGUGGAUACAAACUGCUGCUGUGCUCACUCCUCUGUGAACUCAUUUCCACAUUUUGUGGUUUGGAAUGUCAUUGUUUAAAAUCAUGUCCACAACCUACUGACAAAUAUCUUAAGAUGAUAUUUUAUUAACAUCAUCAUAGUUAAUAAUAAUAUCAAUUAGGUAGAUUUUAUUUUUUAAAAGCUUUCUGUGUGUGUAUGUCCAUAGCAUGUCCGGCAUGUGAAAACAUAAUCUGUGACAACAUUAAAUAUGAGGUAUUGUGUGUGUGUGUGUGUGUGUGUGUGUGUGUGUGUGUGUGUGUGUGUGUGUGUGUGUGUGUGUGUGUGUGUGUGUGUGUGUGUGUGUGUGUGUGUGUGUGUGUGUGUGUGUGUGUGUGUGUGUGUGUGUGUGAUGUGCAGAUCAGCGGUUUGGCAGUGGUCUGACAUUUCCUGCUCUGACAUCUUGUCUCAGUUCAUAUCCCCUGCCAGUGAAUGGACAGAAGCCCUGGAGGGACACACUAGCACCGGCUACGCAAACUUGUCUUUUUGUCAGUAUCCGUGAAGAGCUCUUCAGUACAUUAGUCACACAUUCACACAAAUGCACACGUACAUAAGUAUUUUUGCUCCUUUUUUAUCCACAGUCCUCCUUUUGGUGAUGUCAAAUGACACAGUAACUGGGAAUUGCAGAAUGUCAGCUUUCAUUUUUAGUGAUUUAAUGAUAAACGUGAUGAACAGCUUGAGAAAUACAGCAGUUUUUACCUAAACUGUCUCUCCAAUAGACUAUUUAAGGAAGAGUAUGAAACUGCUGCCCAUAAAAUGCAUAUUUUUUCAAUUGUUUUAAUGAAAAAAGCAUUUUUUUUUUGCCUGUGAGGGUUUAAAAGUUACUGAUGUCAAUCACCGAGGCAGUCCACCAUACUCCAACAAAGAAGAUGCAAAUACAUCCUUUUUCUAAAUAAACUUAAGUAACUCUAUCUGAUCUUGACUCAAAUAAAAGCCCAAGUCUAAAUAGUCAAAAGUUGAGGCCAAAAUAGUUUCAAACGAGCUAUCGCCAUCUUUGUUUUUUCAGUAACAUCCCGCCCACCAACAUAUUGCUGUGAUUGGCCUAACAAACAGAGUGCUGUGGUAAUAGAGUUGGAUUGAGGGGUUAAACCAAGAGGGGUUCUGGACAGUGCUUGGUUUGUAAAUCAAACGUUCCCAGAACGCAAAUACUGACGUCAAACCAAAGUUCACUAAAGGCAAAACAGAUGCCGGAACACGCACCGGGGUGGGGGUGGGGUUGGGGAAACGGGAGAUUUCCCAGUGGCCUGGCCGUUAAACUGGCCCGCUCAGUGAUUCCCGGUCAUGACGUGUGUAAAAUCUAAAUAAGCAAUCCGUCAUGCAGCUCAUCAGGUUAUCUGCUGUCCUGGUGCUCGCACAAAUGGAGCAAACUGGGCGCAAAGACACUCCCUCCCCUCACUUUGUCAGUGCUUUGGACCGGUACCAGCUAGGGAUGCGGUAUCGGCCUCGAUACCACAUUUUCAAAAGUAUUCGUACUCUUUAAAAGUCCCACGAUGCCAGGGACCGAUACCACGGUCUGAGAAAUGUCUAUGUUUGAGCAGCGAGUAAGGGGUUAAUCACAGGUGCCGAGCGCCCGCCCCCAGGGUCCCAGCUGUAGCUCAGAGCAGGGAGAAGGCGAGGUGAGACACGGGAUAAACAACAUGUCAGCAGUGUGGAACUAUUUCAAAGUGGAUGAAGACAACAAAACAAAGGCGGACUGCAAAUUGUGCUCAGCGAAAUUGUCCAGAGGAGGCGCAAAAGGUAGCGCAUUAAACACAAGUAAUUUAAUAAAGCACCUAAAAUCCAAACACGACAACGAGUACAAAGAGUUUACCGAUGCUAAACCAACACAACCCACGCUGCAGCAAACUCUUGCAAGACGAGAGAAAAUGUCCAAAGACAAUCCAUGUGCUGUGAAAAUAACACAAGCUAUUAUGGAGUACAUUGCACUGAGUGACCAGCCACUCUCGGAGGUAGAAAAUGUGGGAUUCCUGUGUCUCCUCCACGUUCUGGAGCCCAGAUAUGAUGCCCCAAGCCGCCGCUACAUGACUGACACAGAGCUGCCCAAAUUACACGACUCUGUGAAAAAACAUAUCCAAAGCCGACUGCAAGCCUCCUCUGAGUUUUGUUUCACCAUGGGUAUUUGGACCAGCAGUGUUAGCCCAGUGUUGCUAAUUAGCCUAACUUCCCAGUGGAUAGACGAGUUUCACACCACAACGAGCCAUAUUACAUGCGAAACAACUCCGCGGCUCGCACACCAGCCAGGCUAUAGCGCAUGUGUUUGAGGAAAUGCUCCAGACAUGGGGUAUACCUAAAACAUCAGUACACGUUGUGCUUCAUGGCAAUGCCAAAAACACGAUUAAAGCCAUGAAUGACGCAGGGCUCCCAAGUCUGCCGUGUGUCACGCACACGCUCCAGCUGGCUGUUCACGAGGGCUUAUUAGCACAGAGGAGCAUAGCUGAUGCUAUAGCAGUGGGGCGAAAAAUAGUUGGGCAUUUUAAGCAUUCCGCCUUAGCCUACUCCCGCCUCGAGGACAUUCAGGGACAGCUGAACCAGCCAAUAAAGAGACUGCAGCAGGACGUACAGACGCGCUGGAACAGCACGUAUUACAUGCUUCAGUCCCUCAUUGAGCAAAAGCGAGUGCUGGGGGUGUAUGUGUCCGAGCAUGAACUCCCUGACUGUCUCACCGCUCACCAAUGGGCUCUUAUUGAAAAGAUUGUUGCCGUACUCGCCCCCUUUGAGGAACUAACUAAAAAAGUGAGCAGCUACGAUGCACUAGCCUCUGAUGUCAUCCCAGCUGUGACUGUGCUUGUGAGACUUCUAAACAGAAACACCGACGAGGACCACGGUGUCAAGACAAUGAAAGCAACCUUACUGACAGCUGUCAAGAAGCGCUUCAGUGGCGUGGAGACCAACCCACUGUACUUCAUCUCCACCAUACUUGACCCAAGGUAUAAAGAUCGCUUCUUCGCCACCAACACUGCCUCAGAGGCCAAGCUGCACCUGAAGCAGGAGCUGCAGAUGAUGUCCAGAGCUGAGUCAGAGGGUAGUCGGGCAAAAGCUGCAGAACCUCCUGCUAAACUGUUCCUCAAGGCCCAGGCCAGCACUAGCAGCAGUCUGGACACUGUCUUUGAAGAAAUCGCCAUGGAGCAGGCCCAAGCAGCACAGUGUCAGACUCGAAGACUGGGUUCGGGAGUAAGAGCUUUUAUUACAGACUGCUGACUGAAAGCGGUGCUGGAAAGGCUGAAGGUUGGAUGAGGUCUGAGUAGGAAAGGUGGAGGUUAAGCUGUAUUAGCUUCCGAAUACUCUGAUCAUGGAUCACGGUGGAACAAUGACUGAGUGAAGAGCCGGUGUAGCGUCUUCCAUAUAUAGACAUGGAUUGACGCAGGUGCAACGUGGAGGGAAUCCCCGCGAGGGGCAUGCUGGGUAAUGUGGUCCAAGACGGGAGCCGGUCAGCUGGGAGAGCCCGGCCUGGGGGCUUGGACUCUGACACACAGCCGCUGGCAGCAGGAGCUGCCAUUGAGCUUGACACAUACCUCGGAGAGGCCCCAAGCCCUCGUGAAGACAGUCCUCUGAAGUACUGGGGUGUCAACAAAAUCAGGUUUCCCACUUUGGCUAAAAUGGCCCGUAAAUACCUCUCAGCUCCAUGUAGCAGUGUGGAAAGUGAAAGGCUCUUUAGCUCUGUGUCACACAUUAUAGAUGAAAACAGAAACAGGCUGACUGCUGAUAAUGCAGAAAAGCUACUUUUCUUAAAAAAAACUGCCACUCACUUUUUCUAAAUAGGCUCCAUUAAGUGAGACGUCUUAGAGUUUAUUUUAAUACCUUCCUCAGUUGCACUGACUGCCAGAGUCCCAUGUUAGUGGAUGUUGUUAGUUUAUUCGGAUAUUGUGCACUAAAUAGCAAAGAUGUUUAUUAAUGCCUCUUGUGUUGUCCAAAGCGGCAGAGUUUACAACAAACUGAAAAAAAUACUUGAGUUACAAUGUUUACCUUUUUUUUGUAAUUAUUUAUUCCUUAAUAUGUUGCAUAAAAGAUGCAGCAGUUUUCAUUUUAAAUAAAUGUUCUUAAUUCC